UAUCGGGGAACGACAUCAUCGAUUACUUGUGACAUCCAUAUCUACCUAAAGUAUUACUUGUGUUGGGGUUAUUAAUUUCCCUGUUCAAGACGAAAAGUAUAAAAGGCACAGUAGCUCACAUAGUACAGCAAAUACGGCUUAUGUUGUUCUCGUAUUAAUCGGAUCAUGAGCCUUUGAUUCUCUUCUCUCUUAGCUUAUAUUCGUCUUCUAAAAGACAAUUCUUGUCCUAGUUGAUAUUUAGCGUCGUUCUUCUACUUCUCUUUGAGGGGUAAUCCCGCGGCCCCUUUCUGACAAGGUUACCUACUCAGUUUCACGCCUAAGCGUUACUUGUGUUAGACAGGUUUAGGUUAAUCUAUUGUUACCUAUUUCUUUGGAGAAGAACCCCUGGGCCGGGGUGCUUCGUGGCUUAUCAUAGUACAGGAACAUCUCAUGCGGCCAAGGCUUAAAUCCGGGACACAGUGGAAAUCUACAUCAACGGCUCUUUCAACCUUUAUUUUAAGAGCUAGAGCUCGCUAAUACCUAGUUCCAUCUCGGCUAGAACUUCUUAUAGAAGGUUUAAGGUUCUAUCGUCCCAUAAGCGUAAUGGCAACUCCUCGAGUCUUUCUCGUCCGUCAUGGUGAGACAGAGUGGUCAUUAAACGGAAGGCACACAGGCGUGUCUGAUAUUCCUCUUACUGCCAAUGGCGAAAAGCGUGUGAAAGCUACCGGCCGAGCAUUGGUUGGAGAUGAUCGACUGAUAGUGCCGAAGCAACUUGCACAUAUAUAUGUGUCACCCCGGAAGCGAGCCCAACGCACGUUCGAACUACUGAACUUUGGCAUCUCGGAUCCCUUGCCAUGGAAAGUUCACGGUGAGAAGCUUCCAGAGGCUAGUCAUACCUGCGGAGCACGGGUCGAGGUUACCCAAGAUAUUCGCGAGUGGGAUUAUGGCGACUACGAGGGAAUAACAACCCCUGAAAUCCGCGAAAUUCGUACCAAGCAGGGUCUCGGUCCGAAGUGGGACAUUUGGAGAGACGGGUGUGUCGGCGGAGAGAGUCCUGAUGAUGUCACGCGGCGCGUGGAUCAUCUCAUCAAGGAGAUUCGAGAGAAGUGGCACGGGCCCGUAAUUGGGAAGUCUAAAUCAGAAGACCUGCCACCAAGUGAUGUCCUACUUGUGGCCCACGGGCAUAUCCUCCGUGCUUUCGCUAUGAGGUGGGUCCAAAAGACACUGCAAGACGGCCCAGCUUUUUUGUUAGAAGCUGGUGGCGUUGGGACGUUAAGUUACGAGCACCACAAUAUCGACGAGCCUGCCAUUUUGCUAGGUGGUGCGUUCGUUGUUAGCCCAUAGGCUAACAUGAUGUACUUUAUGCUGCUUAUAAUGAAAUGAUGCUCUGCAAUAGAGUACUAUCCGGAUAUCAUAGCUAGAAUAAAUUUACAUAAAAUCAAUGGUGUAAACAUGGGUAUUAAUACUAGACCUUGGAAGGCCUUGAAGCUGAAUAAAUGAAUAGCGAGUCUCUUCUGCCACGAUUGAGAAAACAAUAUUUAUAAACAUAGAAAUGGAGAAUCAAGAAGGCUGUGUCUGGGUAGAUGUCCUUGGCGAACUACCCCAUCACAGCUCUAAGUUAGUUCAUUAACUUGGCCUCGUGUCUCUGGGUCUAAGACAAUUAUACUAACAUAGUUUCUCGACAGUCAAGAUUGGGGUCAGCCCUAA